AUGGCGCGACGGUUGCGUGGCAGCGCGCCGCUCGUGGCGGCGCUGCUGCUCGUUGCCCUCGCGGCUGGCAGCCGCUGUGUCUCGGGGCAGAAUAACAGCCCGAUAGAGGAGGUGUUGGGAGCGUUGGCGUCAGGAUGGGCCAACGACAACCUUGCAUCGAUCACAUGCGAAACCGCCCCGGAUAUUCUCCUGUGCAACGACCAGGGGGAAGUGGUCUCCAUGCAGCUGGAUGGAUUAUCCACUAACAGAGCGGCCACCAUACCUGCAGACUUAGCCAAUAUCACUACCCUGACCUACCUGAGCAUGGUAGGCAACUCUCUCACGAGCUCCAUCCCAGAGUCAUUCAGCAGCCUCUCUCUGCUGGAGUCACUGGACUUUGAUAGCAACAAUGUGGAUAAGGUGGAGGGCGUGUCUGCCCUUACUAACCUUAGAUAUCUGAACCUGCAACACAAUCGGAUAGGCCCUGCACCCCUAACAAUCAUCAGCCCGCUGAUUUCAUUAGAGUACUUGAACCUGUUCAACAACUCGUUUGAAGGCUCUCUUAAAGCCCUCUCAAAACUCCCUAAGCUCGAGACCCUGCAAGUGGCCUUCAACCACAUAGGACCCGACAUUCCAUCCACCUUGUCCCGCCUCUCCGUGCUCACUCUCCUCGAUCUUGCGUACAAUCGUCUGCGUGGCCCCAUCGACUCCCUCACAGCCCUGCGUGCCCUGCAAGACCUGUCGUUGUACGGCAAUGCUGUCUCGGGCUCGUUUCCUGACUCCAUCUCACGCCUGUCUCGCCUCACUUCGCUUCAGAUCGGAGUAACCAACUUCACAGGCACACUUCCCGCAUCCUUGGGCAAGAUGUCCACUCUAGAGCAGCUCUAUCUGGAUUACACAACAAUGGUUGGGUCCCUCCCAGCAUCCUUGGGCAACCUCACAAACCUUGCUGCUAUUUGCCCAACACCCCCCACCGCCAGCACCUGA